AUGCAGUCUGCGCUGAAUCAGUCUCCACGACUGCUAGCCUCCGUCCAAAGAGUCUCUUCGUCGUCCUUGUCAAGUGGCCGUACCCUCCCGCAACGAAGCCCCAAGUACUCUUCUUCUACCUUGUCCUACUCGACUUUCUCCGUCGCCCAGUCUACCCUUGCCGCGUCAAGAACUGCAGCUGCUCCUAGGUCUCCACUGGUCACCACCACAACUGCUACUACUACUACUACUCUCCUCCAGAAAGUCUCCUCGACGUCGAGUACCACUACUGCUGCUGCUGUUCUUAGGUUACCGCUGGCGAGACGCGCCUUCUCGACACAGGUGCCCUCCCAAGACCAAAAACACGCUACCUCCUCUACGACGACGAGUACACCUGUCGUGAACGACACGAUCGAGUCGUUACUUUCCAAUAGCCUUCAUGACCAGGACUCGAAGGCAGCAAAGAAGAAGAAGGCGGAACCAGGACCAUUGGAUGGGAUCCGUGUUCUUGACCUGACGCGUAUUCUUGGUAUGUCGUUUGCCGCGGAGGUGAUCAAGGUAGAGAACCCCAAGGGCGGAGAUGACACCCGCGCAUGGGGCCCACCCUUUGCCGCAAACCUAGACGGAUCCGAGACCGAGUCUGCCUACUUUCUCAGCGUCAACCGUAACAAGAAGUCCAUCACUGUCAAUAUCCGAUCCGAGGCUGGCAAGCAAUUGAUUCGGGAUCUGGUCAAGAAGUGUGAUAUCUUGGUCGAGAAUUAUGUUCCAGGCAAGCUUGCGGGGAUGGGGUUGGGGUAUGAGGAUUUGUCGGCUUUGAACCCUGGGCUUAUCUAUGCUUCUAUUACUGGGUAUGGACAGACGGGACCGUUUGCAUCGAGACCUGGAUACGAUGUGAUGAUUGAGGCCGAGGCUGGACUGAUGUAUAUUACAGGCGAGGAGCGUGGACCCCCUGUCAAAGUGGGUGUUGCUGUUACUGAUUUGACGACGGGGUUAUAUGCACAUGGAGGGAUCCUGGCUGCACUGUUGGCACGCCACAGGACUGGUCGUGGUCAACACAUCGACUGCUCAUUACUCGAAUCCCAAGUCGCAACGCUGGCCAACAUCGGAAGCUCGUACCUGAUUGCCGGCAAGGAGGCGAAGAGGAUGGGCACAGCACACCCUUCGAUUGUACCCUACCAGGUCCUCCAGACACGCGACUCACACAUCAUGAUCGGUGCCGGAAACGAUGGUCAGUUCCGAACCCUCUGCAAGGUCCUCCAGCUCGACUCUCUUUCCGAUAACCCACUGUACAAGACCAACCGGGACCGUGUUCAGAACCGAGACGAGUUGAUCCGGAUCCUGACCAACCGUUUGCAGACAGAAAAGAAUACCUUCUGGCUCAAGGCCCUGGAAGGGAAGGGAGUCCCCUUUGCGCCGAUCAACAAUAUCGGACAGACGUUCUCACACCCACAGGUGUUGGCGAGGGGGAUGGUGCAUGAGGUGGAGCAUGUCAAGGCAGGCAAGAUCAAGUUGAUUGGUAUGCCUGUCAAGUACUCUGACACCAAGCCGACGAUCCGUACAGCACCGCCACUCUUGGGUGAGCACACUGACCAGGUCCUGAGUUCUGUGCUUGGCUAUAAGGAUGAUAAGAUCCGGGACUUGAAAAACUCUCAUUCUAUUUGA